AUGUCCUGGGACUCCCCGUGCAGCAGGGACUUACUGCGCCCCAAGAUAAGGAGUGCCUCGAGCCGGAUGCCUGGCAGCCAGAGCAGCGCCCGAACACCAUCCCUGGAGGAGCUGCGGCGCCUGCUCUGCAUGGGCACACACCGCACGGGGCACGUGGAUGAAGUCUGGCCAAACCUUUACGUGGGAGACCUGUAUGUUGCUCGUGACAAAGUGCAGCUGAGCCAAAUGGGCAUCUCCCAUGUUGUGAAUGCCGCUGCUGGCCGAUUUCGCAUUGAUACUGGACCCAAGUUCUAUAAAGACCUGCCUGUGGAUUACUACGGAGUAGAAGCAGAGGACGACCCAAACUUUGAUCUCAGCAUUUACUUCUACCCAGUUGCUCGAUACAUAAGAGCAGCACUGAAUUCCCCAAGAG